CAUGUCUUUACAUUUCUAAUACCUAGGUUAAGGAUUGAGUAGCCAAAAAACUAUGGAAUUAUUAUAAAAGCAUUGUUCAUCUAAGUAAAUUUGUUUGUUUUAACUUAAGCAAUCAUAAUAAAAUAACUGAUUUUGGUGCUGUUUUUGAUGAAUUAUUGGAAUAAUAAAAAUAUAGAGAAUUAAUUGGAUAGACACUUGACAUUAUCAACUUAUCAUAAGAUAAAACUUGUAUUUAGCAAAUCAUAUUUUAGUAUUAUAACCAAUAUAUUCUGCAAUUUAAUAUUGGAUGACUAAACUUGAGGUUAAAGAAUAAUAAGUCACUGUUGAUCUCUUUUUAAAGCACAUUGAAUAGAUUAAUGAAGAUGCUAUUUUUAAAACUAAAAUGUAUUUUUGCAUCUUUAUUUUAUAGUGUUGCAUAAUUAUUUAAUACAUUAAGUUCAUCUUAAUUGUCAUAGAAUCUAUUUUUGAAAUUACUUGAAUUUGCAAAGAGAUGGAAUACAUAAUAAUUAAUUAUAUCUCCCAUAAUUUCAAAUAUAAAGGAAUUCUUAAAUUUAUGGACACUAAGUGGUGCUGAAGUCUUAAAAAUAUUAAAUGCAAUUUCAGAUUUGAUUGAUCCCCAAGAGUAUAUUUUAUUAUAAUUAUAUUCUAGUUAACAAUAUGUUCUACAAAUUUCUGAAUACAUUUUGAGAAACAUUAACACUUCUUAAGAAUAAUACAUUAAGACAUUUAUUAACUUUUAAAACAUAAAUGUACUUAUAAUAUUGAUAUUUUAAGUAAUCCUUUUUAAAAUUAUGUGAAAUCACUUAAUGUCAAAAUUAUCAAGUCAUUGAAAAAACUUAAGUUGCAUAACUUAUAAAAUUAGUAUUAUCUGGAGAUUUAUCAGGAGUCCAAACAUAUUUAGAGAAGGAAGCAGAUUAUUUUAAAUCAAUAAGUAUAAAUUUUAUAGAUAAUAUUUAGAUUUAAAUAGUAAAUAAUAUUUGAAUUAGACAAGAAUAGCAAAAUUUAUUUAAUUAUCAGGUUAAAAAUAAAGUUAUACAUAUUAAGAAAUUGCAGAGGCUUUGAAUGUAUAUAUUAAAUUAUAUUAUAGAUCAAAUUAGAAGAGGUGGAGAUAUGGGUUAUUCAUGCAAUUUAAUCUUAAAAUGUUUCAGCUUAAAUUGAUUAAUCUUAAUAAAGAAUUUUUAUUUUGUAAUAAAAUAUACUAUAUUAGAGAUAAUUUCAAAAAAUUAUUAACCAAAGAGGAUUGGUAAAAUUUACACAAUAAAUUAUCAGCUUUAUUAACUAAGCUUAAAAAUGUUCAAACAUAAUGAG